AAGAGGCAGCUGCGGGUGGAUCUUCGAGGCAAGGGCGCUGAAGGUGCGCCGGCUUGCAGUCGACUGCAUCGCCAUGCUCGAGAGAGGGCAGCGCCGUCGAUUGGCGUGGGCGGGCUGAGGUCGCGCGGGCGUGCGUUGGGCGGUGGUGGAGCGAAACACGUCUCAUGGGCCGCAGCGCAGCGGAAACGGCACGUGAUGCUGAGCGCCCCGGCCUGCGCGCGACGCACCUGGGCAGCAGCACGGCGGCAAACUGCCCUUUGUCUGCAUCCUCUCCAGCCCACCUCACCUUCGCAUGCGAACCCACAAAACAUCCCCAGCCAGCCUCGACCAGCGCGACCACCUGCGUCCUGCACGCCCUCGGAGCAUUCGAGCGCCAAGCGUUUGCUUGCCCAUUUAGCUGCACCCCGGCUUCACCUCCCUGCCUGCCUCUUCUCCACUCCCACACCCCCCCGCCCACACCGCAGUCCUGCAGAGGCCUACACCCACAUCCCACAGUCCACAUGUCUGAAGUACAGUCCCGGCCUGCGCGCGGCAGGAGCUCUGCGCGCGGCGGCAGAGGCGGACACGGCGCUCGAGGCCCGCGAUCAAACAAACAGACAAACGGCGACCACACGGCGGCGCCCGCCAUCGACACAUCCGCAGACCAGGGCGAGCUAGGCGAGCUGAAGCGGCGCUACCAGUCGCAAUUGACCACACUGAAGGAGCUGUUCCCGGACUGGACCGACGUCGAUCUGCUCCUCACCGUUGAAGAAUCUGAUGGCGACCUGCAGGCGACCAUCGAGAAGAUCACCGAGGGCAAUGUCUCCCAGUUCGCCGAAGUCAAGAAAGCAAAAGACCGAUCCCGCUCCAAGGUGAAGGAUGCGAGCGCGCCGACGGACGGCACGUCGACUGUGCGGGGAGGCCGUGGCGCUCGUGGCGGCGACAGUGCUCGUGGCCGUGGACGCGGCGCAGACCGUGGUCGUGGGGGGUUUCGCGGUGGCCGUGGAGGAGCGACAAACGGCACUCGCGGAGCGCCCUCGGUGCCGACCGUCGAGUCGCCGGCGUGGGAAAUUCCUGCAGCCUCUGCCGAAGCAAAGGAAGAUGGGCCGGCUAAAGCCAGCGAGCCGGCUGCUGCUGAGCCUGAGGGACCGAAGCAUGCUGCUGCUGCAGCUCCGACAAAGAAGACAUGGGCCAGCAUGUUUGCGUCCAAGCCGGCGCCUGCUCCUCCGAAGCCGGUUGUGAAGCCUGCGCCGCCCCUAGAGGAGCCCGCCUCUACCCCCGCUGAGACGCCAGCCCACGACGUUGCGCAAGAGUCAGCAGUCGAAGCGGAGGAAUUGCCGAUACCGCCCUGUGCAGACGAAGUCGUGGAAGAACCCCCAAUUGCAGACGAGGACACGUCCAAGUUGAUGCCAGAUAAGGAGGAGGAGGAGUCUACUACUCCCGACGUCACCCUCACGCCCUCGAAGGACGAGCUCACCAAGGACAAUGUCGAGCAUUUACCAGAUGAGUCGCAUCCAGUGGCCACGGAAACCGCUGCUAGCACUGUUGCUAGCUCAAAGGACAUUGGAAGCAUAGCCGGCGUUGCGACCCCGUUGAGCGCGUCCGCUCAAGCACCCAUCGGCCGCCCCGCGAUUGGGGGUUAUGCGACUACCGCGCUCAAGGCGACCUCGGGCGCACAUCGUAGCGCUAGCUUCCAGCGGAGGCUUAUGGAACAACAAGAGGCCGUGGUCAUGCCUGGAAAUCAUGCAGUGAACCAGGCCGCGGUCCAGUUUGGCAGCUUGGGAUUGAAUGGAGAUGUAGAUGCGGACGGUCUCGAUGUUGACGAAGACAGGGAAGAAGCAGAGACAAGGACCCAACCUCCUCAGCAUUCGCCGGUUGCCCAGCCGAGAGCUUCGUUACCUCCUGUCCCCCGCCAGGCUCCACCCGCUGAGCCGCAAUCGCAAGAAUCCCUGCCGACUCCGAAGCAGGCUCCUGGCCUGCCUCCCGCACCGCAGCAACAGCCCCUCUCGCAGCAAUCCCCUUCCAAUCCGCUCGUGGCGCAACAGAUGCAGAAUCAAGGCUCGCAAGGGAACCAGGCAUAUAACCAGUUUGGACGAUACGCCCAGGGCGGUAUGCAAUCGGAAGCUGCGGCGCCCCCGCAGAAACAAUAUGAUCCGUUCGGCCAGCAGGUGCCGCAGUCGAGCCAAUAUGACUACUCUAAUCAACAGAGCCAGCAGCAACAGCAGCAGCAACAACAGCCCCAGACUGGCGCUUUCUCGUCAGCUCCUGACGCUUUCUCCUCUCAGUAUCUUACUUCGGACCAGCAGCGUUCUGCAUAUCAGAACUACUACCAGAAUUACAGCCAGCAGAAUGCCCCGAGUCAGCAGGAAGCCGGCUCUGCGCAGCAGCGCACCGGCAGUGGUUUCGGCGCCGGUCCCGACUCGACCUUUCCCCAGAGUCAGCAACAGCAACAGGCGCAGAGCCGUUACAACGAGGCUCAGAACAGCGGGCACACCACGCCGAACCCCGCAUUGGGUGGACAGCACCCGACCGGGCCUGCUUCUCAGCAGACUCAGCAUAUGCAACAGCCUCAUGCUCAACCCGGCCACACGGGCAACUACCCGUACAACCACCCGUACUAUAACACGCCCUACUACAACUACAUGAACCAAUUUGGUGGCUAUGGCCAGGGAGGCUACGGCGGAUUUGGAAAGGGGAUGUACGGCCAGCCCCAUCACUACGGAAUGUCUCCUCAGGCUUCUUUCGACCAGCACUCCUCGUCUCCCGCCAAUGUGGGAGGCUUUGGGGCAUCUUCCAUGCAUGGUCGUGACAGCGGGCUAGGUGGAGGACUCGGAGAUUACGGCCGAUCUGUAUCAGGAGCAUCGCAGAAUCAGCACAAUGCGACGGCCGGAUCUGGUGGCUUUGGCGGUCUUCCCGACAUGUUUGGACGACCCCAGGGCGGAUAUGGUGGCCAGAGCUCUUAUGGCCAGCAGCAGGCAGGUCAACAGGGCGGCAAUGAAGAUUCUCUGAAGCCUUUUGGAGACACCAAGAGCGGUGGACCUAGCCCUUCUGCCCUCGGAGCUCAACCCGGUCGGCCUGGAUCCGCAACGAACAACGCGCCCGGCCAGAGUGGACAAGGUCUUCCUCAGCAGUCGCACCAGCAAGGCUUUGGCGGCUACCCAGGUCACCUGAACCAGCUGCAGGGUGGACAGGGCAACCAGUACGGUGGUCUUGGUGGACUGGGUCACCAGGGCGCUGGAAGCCACCAAAGCGGCUACGGAAACUACGGCGGAUUUGGAGGAGGCUAUGGAAGCUACAACCGCGGCGGAUGGGGCACCAACUACGGGCAGCAUUAAGCCUGAGCCUUGAUUGAUUUGACCCGACUAUGGUCCAGCCUUGUGAAGGAGCAGCGAAGAAGGUGCCAAGUCCAAUCGGUUUCGAGCGAACGAUUCGGCGAGGGGCUUUUCCUUUUCCGUUUCUAUUUCUUUAUAUGUCUGAAUUGAUUAAUGGUCAAAAGCAUGUCCUUGCUCGGGCCCUCUCAUCUUGUAUUAUGACGACUGAAACUGGGGUCAUUAUCUGGCUUGCGUUUUCACUCUACUCUGCUUGUUUUUCCUCUCCUCUUGCAUCCUCUCACUUUCUUUACAACGGCGCAGAGCUG